AGGUGAUUUUGGUCAGUGUGUGUUUCUAGUCUUGAUCCCGUGAGGUGAGGCGUUAAUACCAUGUCUCGCAUUGGUGAACACAGACUACCCAAGCUAUGUAUCCCCAUAUUUAACGAUCGCCCAUGGUUUGGCUCUAUCAUACUUGUACUACUCCAUUUCGUUUUGUUCGUCCAUCUUCCGGCCAAUAACUUAACCAUCUUGGUGCUCCCGACGACUAUGUCCGGAAGCCUUCCCUUGGCCAUCUGGUCACUGUUAAGACCCGAUGAACUUCUUGACCAGGGAGCUCAAGCACGAAUGCCAUGGCUCUGGUUCGGAAUCAUCGCGCAUGCAAGUGGGACGCAGUCAAGCGUGAUACGUCGAGGGAUAGUGAUGUCGUCCAGUGGAUCAUGCCCCGGAUUCCAGUGAAUCCGGGGGAGAAACCAACCAAACCUCGUACUAGACUAACCUUAGUCUACCCUAGGUUAAUGCAAAAAGCUACAGCACAUAACUAGAGCUAAGUUUAGUCCAGGUUAGGUACCUUUAACUUUAGCUGGACUGUAUAUCUGAAUUCCAAGAC